AUGAAAAAUUAUAACUCAAAUAGUUUUAGAAGUAAAAUCAAGGGCGAAAAUAGUGGAACCCACGGUACCACCAAUAGUGGAGGCCAAAAUAAUACUCACAGUAGCUACAACUACUAUGGAGGUUAUUACCAAAACAUGAGUUCUUCCUACCAUAAGAAAAAAAAUAACUUGAAAUAUGGAAAAGGGGCACCUUAUGAUAAUGAAUACAUAAAGGAACAACGAGACAAAAAAGGGAAGAUUGUUUAUGGGAAAACGAGUAAAAGUGAGGAGGAAAACAAAGGCGCUGUGAGUAGCGACAAAGUGGGAAACAGCAAAAUGGGCAACAGCAAAAUGGGCAACAGCAAAAUGGGCAACGACAAAAUGGGCAACAGCAAAAUGGGCAACGACAAAAUGGGCAGCGGCAAAAUGGGCAGCGGCAAAAUGGGCAGCGGCAAAAUGGGCAGCGGUAAAAUGAGUAGCAACAGAAUAAGUAGCGUCCAAAGGAAGGAGGACGUAAGUCUAUUUUGUACUAGCAAAAACGAUGACAUUAUGGAAGAAGUUGACAAGAUUAAUAGCAUCACAUUUGGGCAUAGUGAUAACUCUGAAUGUGAUUUUUCAUACAGCAUGAAUAACAGUUUAAUCGAAAAUGAAAAGAAAUUAUUUAAAUUAAAUAAGUUAGAUAAUAAAAACAUAAAGUGUCCAAAUUUAAUGCGAUUGGAAGAAGGAAAGGCCCUAUUGGAACAACACAUACCUGUAAAUUUUAUGAAAAGAGAAGAUGAAAGUGAUAACUUUUUUAGCAAUAGAAAGGAGGAUCAUAAUUCUUAUCGAAUCAAAGAAAUGAAAAUGCAAUCGAAAGAGUUUGUCCAUAAUGAUGAAGACAUUAAGAAGGUUUUCUUUCAUGAAAGCGCACAACUGAGUAACGAAAGUGAUGAUCUUUUCCAUUUUGAUAACAAAAUAUCAAAUUUAACAAAUUUUAUAAAUAAAAAUAUUUUCUAUGACAAUGAAAAUGAUGAGAAGAAGAGCCAAAUGGACAAUGAUGAAAACUCGUCUGAAAGUGCUGACCCAUUUAAUUUCACGAACAUUCAAAGUGUUGAUAAGAAGGUUGUCCAAACUAGUGGUAAAAAUGUCUGGCAAAACAGACAACUAAAGAAAAGUGAAAAUGAUAAUAACUUCAACGAAAAAGAGUAUAUGCAAAAACAUUUAUAUUGUGAACAAAAAGAGUUAGACAGAGACGAGGAAGAAGAAGAAGAAUAUGAUAAACAUGUAAAUAAAAUAAAAAUUGAUCCAUCAUGCCAAAUGAAUGAAAAUGAAUUGACAAAAAUGUACAUGAGGAAAAAUUUUGAAGAAGGUCACGACAAGAAGAUAUAUAAUGAAAAUUUUAAGGAUAUAGAUUAUUAUAUGCAUGUUUCAGAAAAAAAAAAUAUUAACAAUGCAAAUGAUAAGGAAUACAUGGAAAAACAUAUAAAAACGCACCCUUGGAAACAAAUUGAAUCUAAACAGGAAAAAAUAUUAACACAUGGAAAAAUGACUAACAAUUUUGACAAUAAUUUAUCCCACCCAGGUAUGAACGAAAUUAUGGUAAAUCCUAAAAAUGGAGACAUUGAUGAAAAUUUGCAAUUCUUAAAUAGUCUUACAAAUAUGUACAAUCGCAUGGAUAAAAAUGUUAACACAAAUGUGAGUGACGAUAUAAGAAAUAUUCAGGACAAGAAAGGAUGGAAUAUUUUGAUGAACAACACCAAAUAUGGAAAUGAUAUUUUCUUCUCUGAACAACAACGUCUAUCAGAAAAACAUGUGAUGGAAAAAGAGGAGGAAUACUUGUAUUCUAUUGAAAAUACACAGAAAAAAUUUUCCAAUUUAUGCAAUCGAAUGGAUAACGAGAUGGAUAAAAACUUUUUGCAAAAUAUGAACGGAAAAGACCAAAUGUAUUUUCUGAAGAGAGAUGAUUAUUACAUGAAGAAUGACAAAUUUAAUCCACCCCCGCAGCAGCAUUACCAGUUUUUGAAUGAUUUAAAUAAUAGCAGAAAAGGAUAUCCAAAAGAAGAACCUUUUAUUUUACCUGAACAAGACAUGUCAAAUGAAUUUUUACUCCAAAUGGAUUAUAGGAAAGACAUGAGUAUGAAGCAGCAUAUCAGGAAUGAUGAAGAAAUGGAAAAACCAGAUGAUAUUAUGAGUAUAGAAGAACGAUUGCUAUAUAAUGACAUUAUCCCAAGCCAUAAGAAUUAUUCAUUAAGAAACAGAAUGCAAGAGGAGAAGUAUUACGAUAAUUUAAAUGAAAAAUUAAAUAACUUUAAGGAGGAAGAUUUGUUAUAUUUUAGUCAAGAUAAGGAUAUUAAAUUAGAUGUGACAACAGAUAUAAACGCUCUGAAAAUUUUAAAUGAAUAUUAUUUAGAUGAUAAAACAAAUGAUCUUAUGUUAUUGGAAAAGAAUAAAAAUUCAUCAUCAUCAUCAUUCCCCAAGCGUGAAUUAAAUGUGUCUGAAGUUUUACAUAUACCAGAAGUUAGUAAUAAUCGACAUACCUAUUAUCAAGGGGGAGAGGAUCAUAAUACACAUUUGUUUAUAAAAAAAAAUCACGAGGAAAGUUAUGAACAAGGGAGAAAUGCAAAUUUAGAAGGAGUUAGACAUUUGCAUGAGAAGAAGGCCCGCAUUGAACCUCCACCCAAUGAACUGGUUCCAAUUAAUAAACUGGUUCCAAAGAAUGAACGGGUUCCAAUGAAUGCAGGAAAUGCAGAAAGGACAAAAGGAGGAGGGCCAAUAUUUUCGAAAGAGAAUAGAAGUCGCUAUAGUAACAACUUGGAGAAAAACAACAUGUCCAACAAGAAUUACCUGAACGUUCAUAACAAUAAUUUACGAGAUAAAUAUGAUAGGAGUACGUCCUCAAAUGGGUAUAUGGAAAAAUAUGAACAGAAACACUAUUAUUUUUAUAAAAGUAAUGAUAGGACAAAAAAUAAUAGCACUAGCAAAGCAUACCACCUUAGUCAUUCUUUAUCGCAUGAACACAGUGGAGGUGGAAGGGGAGGAAGAGCAUAUGUUGGAAUAGGAUGCAUUCAUAACUUAAGGAACACGAAGAGUCAUGAAAUUCACCACUAUCAUGCAAGUGAUAUAAACGUUUCUGUAUGUGAAAAAUUUAUUCUUCGAUUGAAAAAACAGCACAUGCUUAAAUUAACGAAUUUUCUAAAAAUGAAAUAUAAAAAUGUUAACGUAAAUGAUUUGAAUGAGGACAUGUAUAACUACUAUAGAUUUAUGAACAAAAUAAAUGGAAAUAUUAAACACACUAACUAUUUUUUUAAAUAUCGAAACCUUAUGCAAAAGAGUGACAAGGAUAAACUUCUGAGGAUCCAGUUAUCCUACAUGAUAAUAAACCCGUCAAUCCAAAAGAAUAAUGGAAAAUGGAACUUUAAUAGUGAAGGUAAAAAUGAACAAGACAAAUUCACCCAUUUGAAUGUCAAAAGCGGGAAUUGUGGACAUGACAGGAGAAGGAAACAUGCACUUGGCCAUUGCCAAACCGAUUGUGUGGAAGGUGGUAGCGACGAUAGUGAUGAUAGUGAAAUAAUAAACCAUACGAGCAGGAGUGAGAAAGAGCAAAUCAGAGAAAGCGAUUUUGCGGAUGGAAUUUUUAAUGGCAUAAAUAAUUGCCAUAAUUUUGCGAACUUUUUUAACAAGGAGGAAAAUGAUGAACACGAUAAUUUAUGCAUGAUAAAAGAAAAAACCCACAACAAUCUGGCAAUGGAAGAAAAGAUAAGAUCAAAUUAUUUUUUAAAUGAGAACAAUUUUAGUAUGCUGUAUGCAAAUGAAGAACAGGACAAGCUGUACAGUUUGUUGAAGGAAGAAAAUUUCGAUUUCCGUAAUGAAAAUAUACUUAACAUAGAUUUGAACAAAAUAUUAAACUUUCCAUCCCAAACCAAAGAAGAACUAAAUGCUGAUGAAUCCAAAGCCCCAAAUGAUGAAAUGAAUAUGAAAAAAAAAAAUUCAUCUCAAUAUGAAAAAGGAGGUCAGAAUAAUAGUGCUAUCUCAGAUAACGCAAAUGAGGGUGAUAAAUAUUUACAUAAAGAGCGUGAAGAGAAAAGAGAAAACGAGAAAAAUUCUUUUUUAAUAGAUUCAAAGCGUCUUUUUGAUCGAUGUGACGAUAAACACAAUGAACAACUGCCGUCAUAUGCAUGUCCAGCAGAAGGUGAAAUCAAAAACAAUGCAUCUAAAUAUGAUAUCACAAAUAAAUUGGGUAAAUUCGUUUUCGCAACUGUACAUGAACCAAGAAAUUUAAUAACCCUAGCGAAGAAUAACCCAACCUUUGAUAACUAUGAUGAGGUAUUGGAAAAAUUUAAAAAUAUAAUAAUGAGAGAAGUGGAAAACGAAGAGGAGAAUAAGAAAGAGAAGAAAGAGAAUGAAGAGAAGAAAGAGAAGGAAGAGAAGAAAGAGAAGAAAGAGAAGGAAGAGAAGAAAGAGAAGGGAGAGAAGAAAGAGAAGGAAAAAAAAUUGGAUUUCGAUAAUCCUUUAGAAAGAGCCAAUUCCGUCAAAAGCUCCCUUUCAAAGGAUACUACCAACAUGGCAAGAGAAAUUUGUAUGCAAAAUGAAUUAAUAUCACCAAACGAAAUUCAUUACAUGAAAGAUGUUGUGAUAAAGAAGAUGCUGGAAAUGUUGUGGGAUAUUUACAUAGAUGUAAAAAACAUAUAUGAAGAUAUAGAUAAAUGCCCAUAUACACAUAUUGAAACGAUUUCUAAAUAUAAUGAAGAAAUAAAGAAGAAAAAAAUCACACUUUAUAACCUUAUACACUUAAAUAAUGUAAAGGACGAUACACUGACAUGCAAUUCUUUUAUUAACACUCAUAAUAACAUGUUUUUAAAAAAAAAUAUAAGUAACGUUGACAUUAUUUUAAAUAAACAUCUUUAUUUAUAUCUAACAGAAACACUAUACAGAAACGCAAAUGAAAACUUUCAAUUCCUUGUGUAUCCAAAUAUUCCUGAUUUGUUAAUUAAUUUAUCUUUCGAUAAAGAACAUGUGUCAAAGUGUGUUAAGCGACCUACAUGUGAGGAACAUAUAAGUGCUUAUAAUUUGCGUGGUAAUACAAACGAAUUUGUUAUAGAUAUCAAUAAUGACAACAUUGGAAGCAUUAGCAAAAUAUUUGAGUAUAAUUUCCCUUACGAUGAUAAUUUGGGAAAAUUAGAAAAUUUUAAAAAAUUUGGAAAAGUCAUAAGUUUCGACAAGAAAUAUUGUUAUUACAAUUUUGAGAGUUACAAGAAUUAUGACAUUUUCACUCCAGCAGAACCAACAGUAGUGCUAAAGGAAAAAAAACAAAAAUCCUUUUUUUUUUUUAAGGAAAGGGAUAAUAAAAAAAGUGUUAAUAAUAAAACAGUUGAAGAUAUCAAUACAAUCUCCUACAUAAGCAAUGUGCAAGUGCAUAAGGAAAUAAAAAAAACGGACUUGGAUACAAAUCAUCUUAAUGUCGAAUUGUUAAAAUUGAAGAGUAUAUAUUGCUUAUUUGUUAAUUGUUUAUUAAAAAAAAAAGGGGCAUGUAUAUAUAAAAAAAUAUUUAAAAUUAUCAAAAAAAAAAAAAGAAUGAUUUUGAUGUAUACUCUAUUUAGUAAUUAUCUCCUACUGCUUUUCCUCUUUUCGCAUGCUGAUUACUGUUUCGAAAAUAUGUUACAAUAUGAGGAGUUCUUGAAAUUGCAAUUACUUCAUAUGAAUGCAAAUAUAAAUACCUUAAACAAAUUUAUUAAAAAUGAAAAGAUGCAAAAUAGGGUUUUUAUGAAUGAACAUGAAGCACAUAUUCAAAAUAGUGGAACACACAAAUUUAUUAACAUCAGAUGCAAGUUAUACAGUAGUAAUAUAUAUACCUCCCUCUACAUAUACAUCUUGGAUGUAUCGCUUUCUUAUUUAUUUACACCUGAUAUAGGAAUUCGAUACAUGCAAAAUAUGUUGUCUCUACUCUUAUUUUAUAAUUACAUCCACUUGUACAUAACGAAGAUUCUUUUUUAUAAGAGUGGAGCCGCUCUCAUAACUAUUUUCUUAGUUAAAAUUAUUCCCUAUGUUAAGGAGUUUGACAGAAACCUCAUAAUUUGUUUUCUCUACUCGGUGCUGCACAGCGUGUUUUACAUUCUUUGUAACAUAUUUAUGUACAUCAUGAAGAAAGAGAAAGUAGAAUUCAAAGAGACUGAAUCUAAAGAACACUUUAAAAUAUUAAUGAACAUGACAAACGAAAUUAACUUUUACAAAAUUGUAUACAAGAGUGUGUGUAGUUACACUCACCAAGAUAAAUUCUAUCAAGAUGAAAUAUCACACAUGCUAGAAAAUUUAAGCAAAAAUCCCAUCGUAAAGAUCAUAUUGAAUUACAUCCAAAAAUGA